AUGCUGCGGUCGCAGAAGUGUUUGAAAGGAGAAGCUAUGGAGGCCGUGAGAGCCUCGCUAGUUUCAACAAACGUUGACAAAGCGAUGAAGACACUAGAGAGACGCUUUGGAAGACCAGAGUACAUCGUCGAUGAACUAACAAGUCAAGUCAUCAGAAUGCCGAACGUGAAAGAAGAUGAGCCAAUGCCAUGGAUAAAGUUUGCCGACGCGAUAUCGAAUCUGGUGACUACAGUGGAGUCCCUUCAAUCUACAGAAAUGUCCGAUUCUUAUUUACUGAAGCAAUUGAUUGGAAAAAUACCAACAGGGUUGAAAAAUAAGUGGGGUGAGGCUAUAUUGCGAAAUACCAAGAAAGCAUCAAUUCUAGAGUUUACAAAGUGGCUUGAAAAGAGAGCGGAUACCGCGCUGGCUAUUUACGAACGUCCAGUACAGGAACAGGAUAAAAACAAACAUAUUCCAGCUAUAUGGAAUCCAGAACAUAAAAAUGCGCAGUGCUCAUAUCGUGAAAAGGGACAUAAAAUAGAAAAUUGUCCACAGUUUGAGAAGCUCACUGUUGACGAGCGUUGGGAUUGGGUUAUAAAGAAAAAGGUAUGUUUUUGUUGUUUCUCUCAAGAACAUUCUAGAAAAGACUGUGAUCGAAAAGCGGGAUGUGGAAAAGAUGGCUGCCAUUUGAAGCACCAUCGGCUGCUGCACCAUGAUCGCGGAAGGCAGCACAGUAGUGUAGCCCAACUUGACGAUUUAAAAUGUAAAUCUGAAACACCUAGACCAACGAAACCUGCAAAUGCUGAAGGUAAGGAGAGAGUAAACCUCACACGACGGAAAAGAAAAAGAGUCCCUUUGAUGAUUUUACCAGUCACAUUGCAUAGGCUUGAGGGAAAAGUGGAUACACCUGCUUUUCUCGACACUAAUUCAACUGUGAUCUUAAUAGAAGAGGAUGUUGCUGUCGUUUUGGGUCUGAGUGGACCAACUGAGCCACUAAAUUCGCAGUAG